AUGAACACAGGUCGUAACACCAUUCGCACCAUAUGGUACGGUAGGCCACCACCUCCGCCUCCGCCUACCCCGCCGCCACCGCCGCCACCGCAACCCUUGUCUCCUUAUGAGUUAGAGCUGAAUAUCAAUUGGGUAUUCAUACUAUUGGUUACCAUGCUUGUUAUGUUCAAACUUGCUAAGAAGGUUUAUCUGGACGAUGUAAACUCGAAAUUGAACAAUACCCAAGAGCUAAUGGCAGCUGUCUCUGCGACAAGGAAUGGUUUCUUAACAGAAUUAAGGGUUCGUUGGAACCCGUUACUUCAGCCAUAUGCGGAGAAGAGGUUCAUCGAAGCGUUGGAGGAAUUCGAUAUGAUUGUCGAGGCAAAGCAAAAGCAAUCAGAGGCACGAAGAGAGGUGGUCAAUAAUUUGGAAUAA